CUGUGUCAUGGCCAGUCAGUCGGUGUUUUGAUACAGUGACGGUUGUGUGUUAUUGUGUGAUCGAAUUAUAAUAUUUUCGAGUGUUUUUUUUGAAGUUCACGAUGUCGGAUGAAAUCGCCGAAAAUGGAACAGCGAACGGAGACGUGCCGGAGAUCGAGCUGAUCAUAAAGGCAUCGACAAUCGAUGGGCGGCGAAAGGGAGCGUGCCUCUUCUGCCAGGAGUACUUUAUGGACCUCUACCUACUAGCAGAGCUCAAGACUAUCAGUUUAAAAGUGACGACAGUCGACAUGCAGAAGCCGCCGCCGGACUUCCGCACCAACUUCGAAGCGACGCAUCCGCCCAUACUGAUUGACAAUGGCCUCGCAAUCCUUGAGAACGAGAAGAUUGAGCGUCAUAUCAUGAAGUCCGUACCCGGUGGUCACAAUCUAUUCGUACAGGACAAAGAAGUGGCCUCUCUUAUCGAGAACCUGUACUCAAAGCUGAAGCUGGUGCUGGUGCGUAAGGAUGAGCAGAAGUCGGCCGCGUUGCGUGCGCAUCUCGGCCGCAUUGACGCGCUGCUCGAGCGCCGUGCUACCAGAUUCCUAACGGGCGACACGAUGUGCUGCUUCGACUGCGAGCUGAUGCCGCGUUUGCAGCACAUUCGCGUCGCAGGCAAAUACUUCGUCGACUUCGAGAUACCGACGAGUUUCCGCGCUCUGUGGCGCUACAUGUACCACAUGUACCAGCUGGACGCGUUCACGCAGAGCUGCCCCGCGGACCAGGACAUCAUCAACCACUACAAGCUGCAGCAGUUGUCGACAAAAGGUUUGCUCAUGUCGCCGAAGCCGACACGACAAAGGAUCGACGACGAGCCGGCGCUUAAAAUGAAGAAACACGAAGAACUAGAGACGCCAACAUUUACUACGUCAAUUCCGAUCGACGUGAACGAUGUAAGCGGCGCGGAGUAGCGGCGGCAGUGACGUCAGCCGGAUCUAAACUUGGUACAAUAGACAUUAAGCGGUACAGGCCUCGUACACACGCAGUCAUACGCAGUCACACGCAGUCAUACGCAGUCAUACGCAGUCAUACGCAGUCAUACACAGUCAUACACAGUCAUACGCAGUCAUACGCAGUCACACGCAGUAAUACGUAGUCACGCGUUGACUGCUGACGUCACUAGGGUUGCGGAAAACAUUAUUUAUAUCGAUUUUUACCAAAAUUUCAGAUGACACUUUAUUUAAAUGAAAAUAACUUUUUAGUUUGUACUAUUUUUGUUAGAAGACCGUGUGUGUACCUUUGUUGAAUAAUUAUUUCUAGUAAUCGAUAACUUUUCAAGGUUUUAUUUAUCUAAAUACUAUUACGCUAUUGUUAUAGAAAUCUAGACGUAUGAUUGCUAUUGAAAAUUGCUUUGGCUGUAAAAUUUAAUAAUUUUUCAUAAUAAUGUCGAUAUUUUCCAACCCUAGGUAUAAAAAGUGCCAGGGGAUGUUCCGAAAUAAAAUUUGAAUCGUGUGAUAUUCCUUUGCCCCAUUUAUCCCUUGGCCAGUCAACAAAUUCAUCGUUUAAAACUAUUUUUGUAAUUUUGUAAGAAAAUUAAAAACUUAUUAUAAUUUUAUCGCUGUAACAAUAUAAUUUGUUAGUACAUUGCAAUUUGUGUGUGUGCGGUGUAAUCGAAAUUUAUUAUUUUAUAUAAAUGUGGUGAUUGUUACUUAGCUGUGUCGUGUUAACUUAAAGGCAGAUGCCUUUUUAAGCCUUAUUUUCGUUUAUCAAAUGAGAAGUAUGUUUAUUAUGUAUGGCGAUUAUUUUUUGUUAAAAUGUUGAUUUGAUAUCAGGCAGAGGUGCUAAAAGUUUACCUACGAAACUUCAGAAAUGUUUUCAUAACCUAAAAUACUUCAUCUAGUAUUAGUGCAUUUUGUAAAAGAUUCAUUGUUCAAACAACGAAUUGAUCAGGCAUUUUGUAUUAUAUUCACAGUUUUAGAUUUAAGAAUUUACAGUAUUUAAUGUUAUUUCCAUGUUUAUUUAAAUGUUUUAGGUUAGAAAUUUUACCGCCAUUUUGUUAAUUCUGCCUCUGCCUUGUCAUGCGCGAAAUCAGAGAUUAAAAAGUUUUAUUUUAAAAAAUCACAGUGAGCGCUCUUGCCUGCCUCAUAGUUACCUUUUUAAAGGUAUAUUUUAGGUACUUAUAUCUUUCUUAUUUAUCUUAAACUUAUUUAACUUUAGUUAUGCUUGACGUCUGACUUAUUUGACACUGAUGACUAAAAACAUCAUUUAAAAAAACUAUAAUACACUGGUAUUGUUGUACUAAAAUAAAUUUUUAGGAAACAAAACCUACGAGAAAAACACGCGCUAUUACUUACUAAACAUUUCUUACAAAAUAUUGUGAUCUUUUAAGUUUUCAUAGUGAAUUAUUUCAUUUUAUUUUAUUUUAUGGCGUAGACCAUUAUUAUUUCUGGCAACAUUAUUAUUUUUUAACGUUCAAGGAAAGACCUGACACAUCAUAGUACACAGCGAGAGAUCAACAUGUCAUUCGACAUAAUUUUGAUUGUAAAAAAUACUAAUGCUUUAUAAUUGUGUAAAGUUAUGCCAUUAUCAUAGCAUUUACACGAUUAUUAAGCGUUAUUAGAUUAUAAUUUAAAUGUUAAGAAAUAAACCUGGAUAAAUAUUAUUUUUU